AUGACUGUUCCAUCCAACAUACUAAUCAAGUUUGCUCUACGCCCACGAAGUGAAUCUGACAACGGUUACUCCAACCAUAGAUGUUACAAAAUUUUCGACCAAGAAAACGAUCAACGAAUCACAGAGUUUUAUACUCGUUUAUACAAAAUGUCUUUUGACUCUCACGUACAAGGUUGUACCAAGGAACACACUCUACCUGAUAAAGAUAAAUUAGAUGAAAUUAUUGACUCCGUAAUUUUAUCCGAAUUUCGAAAGGAAAUCGAGGAAAAAGUUUUGUUACAUUCGUCUCUUUAUGAACUUAUCCUUCCUGAAUUCAAAUGUCAUGGAUUCGGGUUUUAUUACAAGCCCGAAUCUGAUUAUGAGAUCUUUAAUAAAAAUUUAGAAGCUUGUUAUUAUGAAGCAUGUCCCAUGUAUGUAAAGAAUGUUGAUUCGACUAACGAAAUCAAUUACUUGGAAAGAUGGAAUAAAGCAAGCGACCAAGAAAAAGAAAUCUUUGCAAGUAUUGCGAUGUGUGCAAAAAAAGUUUUUGAAUUCAUGUAUCCUAAUUAUGAGGAAAUAGCGGAAAAUAUGAAAAAAAACAAUUCGGAAUUUAGUAUUUCAAUUGAAUUUAAUCCAAGAAGCCCAAAAGUAUUUAACGAUGAAAAAGAUAAAAGUCUUUUCGUUGAUAGAAGGGAAAUGAAUUUAAGAUCUAUUGAGAGGUGCUCAAAAUUGUUGGACAACCUAACUGAUGAAUCCAGUAAAGGAAAGAAGGAAUUUCAGGAUCGUAAUCUUGUAACCUCUGAACAACUACCACAACCUCCUUAUCCUCAAUUACGUUUGCAUGUCGGAAAACGUCUCGUCGUUAUGUGCAUUCUUUCGCUAUCCUUCGUCAUUGUUACUUCUUUGGCAAACUAUUUCUUGGAGUAUUGA